CCAGUGCUGCCCCGUGAACUUGGGCCUACCAUUGGGAGGUGCUUGUCACGUGACAGAGGUGUACCUGCCGUUACCUGUUUUUAUCCCUUUUCGGUGUGAUGUGGGUCAAAUAGCCCGCGCCCUGCCAAGAGGACGGACUGUUUUUUUCCCGAGUUAGCUCAGAAAUGGUGCUUUUUUGUACAAUUGCUUUUAAAUGAGCGCACCUUAACUCCCUUACAGGAAUAGCCUAUUUAUUUAUUUUACAAUAUAGGCUAUAAACUUGGUAAUGGCCUUAUCUCAGAUCCAGUGUCUGGAUGACGGAUCCAUUAAUUGCAGAAUUACAGAGUCCAAGCCCGAAUUUCUCUACAGCGAAGACCACAGACUCGCCCUUGAGAUACUUUUCCACGACGGUCGGGAGGCAUACGAGAAAUAUCUGACGGCGCAAAAUGUGCGGGGCUUUCUGUCCGACCACGAACUGGACCAUCUGACUCAAACGGUGGUGCUCUACAAUCCCGGUGGUCACGGCGAGACUGUCGCUAAUGGCGAGGGAGAGGAUGGUAAAGUGGCCUCGGAAUACUGGCCGGAGCGCUCGGACCAUUCCUACAGCGAACUAGACCUGGGCUGGCCGGACAUCAGCUCUUAUCGAGGGGUUACCCGUGUCACUGUGCACACACAGCCACCCAUGGAUGGCCAGCCGCAUAUCAAAGAAGUGGUACGGAGGAUAAUUAGUCAAGCCCAAAAGGUCAUAGCCGUUGUCAUGGACAUGUUCACAGACGUGGAUAUCUUCAGAGACCUGUUAGACAUGAGCUACAGGCGGCGGGUGGCCAUCUACAUCGUCCUGGAGGCCACAGGAGUGUCACACUUCCUCCACAUGUGUGACAGAGCCGGCAUGCACAAGGGGCACCUCAAGAGGUUACGGGUGUCAUGCAUGCGAGGCACAGAGUUUCUCACUCACUCAUCGAAGAAAGUCUGCGGUGCCAUAAAUCACAACUUCAUGUUUGUUGAUGGAGACAAGACAGUGUCGGGAUCCUACAGUUUCACGUGGUCGUCGUCCCGACUGGACCGAAACGUCAUCACUCUCCUUACGGGCCAGGCGGUGGAGACCUUUGACCGGCUCUUCCGAGACCUCUACUUCUCCUCCAGAGCGGUAAGCCUGGCCAACGUCACCCUGGUGGAAGAGCCGGAGGUGGAGCCCGUCACGUACACUGCUCAGCAGGCCGCUGCAGCCGCCGCCUUGGCCCGCAAGGCCUACAGUGCCAAGUACGCCCUGCUCUCCAACUCCUCCAUGAAGAGCGGUGGCACGUGCUCCAGCAAGAACACGUCUGGCCACCUGAACCCUCUGCCCAUAUUCCUGCGGCAGGUGAGGCUGCUGGCAGAGGAGCCCCGGAUCCACCCGGGUCUGGUGGGGCUGGAGAAGGCCAACAUGAUGCACUACCUGCCCACCUGGCCGGAGCCCGACCCUCCGAGCGACGUCAUCGGCAUCAUCAACGUCCGGGACACCAGCAAACCCUUCCAGGCUCACCUGAUGCGCUCAGAGCUCUUUGAGACGUCCCAGGCCAUCCGAUUCAAAGAGCCCUUCCACGUGCCUGCGGAGCCGUUACCGGAGAAGGCCACCCCUCGGCCGCGCACAGAGCUCGGGCAGCCCCUAAAGACCAAGGGUGAGGAGGAGAAUGGGAACGGCCACCACGCUGGUCUGGUAGAGCGAGUACCACAUAGGCAGCAGCUGCAUGCUCAAGACAGUGUACUAACCCCAGCACCGUUAGGAGGCCCAGGCAUGGCUCACCUGGGCGUCGUAAAUGGGUGUGGCAGUCAGGCGACUUGGGUUAAGGGGAGUAAAGAGGCACAGGUGAAUUCUGAGCCAUGUCCUUCUAGGCAAAGUAGCCCACUGACAGCCGUGCAUGCUCAGAGUGCAGAGAAGAAUACCAAUAUGUGUGACGGGACUCAAUCCUCUAUGUUUCCGCAGGCUGCUAAGGAUUUCGGCUCAGCCCCUGACUGUGCUGUGGAGCCUGAACACCCAUGCUCCGCUGCCUCUGCCAAGCCCGAGGACAGGACAGUCAGCAAUGCUGAGAGAAACCUAACGCUGAAGGACCCCUGGGUUCGCAGGACUAAUGCACAAAGAGACAAAGGCAGUCACAACGGAGCACAACCACAACCUCAGCCGCCUAAGGACCCAUCAUCAUCACCACCAUCAUCAACACCAACAAAAACAUCUCUUGAACAUUUUCACUGCAACGGCAGCGUCCCAGAGAAAUCUAAGUCAAACACAUAUGUUAACGGGCAUCACACACCUUCUUCAGGGACUGUAAAUGGCAAACAUGUUAAAACGGAAGGGAAACACGCCACUCAAAAGUCACCAGUUGCCAGUCAGAAGAAAAUGGACAAGAAGCACAGUCUACAGAGGAUUAAGAGUGAGGAAUCAGCUGUUUUGCCCACAGCAAAUGGUGAAUCUUACCAUGCCAACGGCAGCCACAGUAUUAGGGACGAAAAAGCAGGUGUAGAUGGAAAGAAGGCAGGGGUGUCACAAGUCAACCAGCAGACAUCUCAGGAGAAGACAACAAAUGAGCGUUCACAGGAAACUCCAAAGCCCAUACCCAUACCACUAAGUGUGUAUUAUGAUUUUCUAAAGCAAAAUUCUGUAAAGGAGCCAACAGAUAUCCUCACAGUCACACUAGCAUCUUCUGAACCCCAAAAAGAAAUAAACAACACUGCAGUCACAGUUUCACAAAGCACAAGUAGCAAUGACAAAGUACACACUUCAUUGACUAGGAGCGGGGAAAAUAUGCUUCAAAGCAAAGACUGGAUAGCAGAGGAAACGCUAUUUAUAUCAGAGGAGGGGGAUGAGAUGGCAGAAACGACUCUAACAAAGUCUGCGCUGGCAGCAGCACCAGAUAUGAAGGAUAAACGUUCUGAAACAUCUCCAAAAAGCAAACGUGAGCCGAAAGCUAAAGUGGAAGCCAAGCACUCUGGCCUAUCGAACCCCAAAAAGGAGCCUAGCACACCUUCCAGCCCAAGGAGUAACUCACGGCUGGCCCAUGGAGUUAGUACCAGCAACCUUGCAGCCUCAAAGCUAAAAGGCGAAACGGGAGGCCAGCUGCGAGACAAAGGGGAGAAAUCUCAUCACAGAUCGACUCAAGACAUUGCCAAACAGCUGAGGGCUGAGAGCAAGUCUGUCACACGACCUGCAUCUGCUAACAAGAGAGAGGGGAGCCAGACGCCCACACUUCGAGAUAAAGCAAUAAAUGGACACGAUAAGGAUCUCCCAGUGAGGAAUGCAGCAGAGCAGACAAGACCCAGGACAGAAAGUGAUGCAAAGAAGGUAUCCAGAGCUCCAACACCCACAACCUCCAGAUCAGCACUGGCCAGCCGGGCAGAAGGGGGAUCCAAAGUGCCAGGCUCGGUCAAACCUGACCCCGUCAAACAUGACCUUGCCCACGUCCCCGUCAUCGACGCUUCUGCCAAGACAACCACAACUGUUCUCUCCCAGGUAUCCAGAGCUCCAACACCCACAACCUCCAGAUCAGCACUGGCCAGCCGGCCAGAAGGGGGAUCCAAAGUGCCAGGCUCGGUCAAACCUGACCCCAUCAAACAUGACCUUGUCCACAUCCCCGUCAUCGACGCUUCUGCCAAGACAACCACAACUGCACCAGCCAAAGCCCCACCAAAGUACAAAGUCCUACAGGGAAAAGUGUUUAGCUCCACCAAGACCAAACAAGUGAAAACCGGCCAGCCCCUGGAGCAAGCGGCCAGCGGCAGUAUUAGUCAGAGUAGUUCCAUGGUUUCGCUGAACAAGUCUCCUGUGCUUGCACAGCAGAUGGCUGGCAGCACCAACUCCCCUCUAGGCCAGUCCCUGCCUUCCCUGGACAAAUCCAAGACUGCCAGCCCAUCCCCCUCACCCAAGUCAUCCAUCUCCUUUCCCAAACUGUCACAGCUGCGGAGCUUGAAACAGAGAAUAACUCGAUCACCCAGUCAGAAGAGUUUAACCACUACUGCGAAAAAAGGUGCUGCUUGAAGGGAUUGAUGAGUGGAUGGUCAUUUUACAGCUGUUGGACCUACAGAAACAUUUGUGCAAUGUUAGUAUUUUUUAAAAUAAUUUAUCAAACCUGCAACAUUGCAUAUGGGUAAGGAAUGAACACUAUUUGAUGUGCACGUGCUGCAUGAACCAUUUUACUCAGAGGGUGGUGAGAGUCUGCAGCCAAGUUCAAUACUAUGGCUUACAACCCGAAUGUAAAUAUCAAAAGGGACAUUUUUUCAUAGAUCUUGAAGAGAAGAAAGUCAUGCGUCACUUUGGAGCGUUUUGUAUGGAAAUGCUGUGAUAUGCUAAAUAAUAUGACCGUAUCCAAAUGCAGUGAUUAAAACUGCAUGUCAAAACCACAAAGAAGAAAAAUACCCCUACAGAGGAGCACUCAUAAAAAUAACAAGCAAUACAUACAUGCACGGUAUGCAGAUUUUGCACCAAUUCAUAUUUUAUAUUUUAAGUUUUUUAUUUGUGUAGUUUUCCAAGCUGGUUGGGGUUGGUUUUACUAAGUAGGCAAACUUACUUUUUGUAUGCAGCCUCUUGCUGCAUAGUGCACAUCUGAGAAAUCAUUAGGACAUUUAUAUAUAGCUUGACUGGCUGUGACAGUAACCCUGUUUGUGUGCGUGUGUAUAUGUGUGUGAGUGAGUGUGUGUGUGUGUGUGUGUGUGUGUGUGUGUGUGUGUGUGUGUGUGUGUGUGUGUGUGUGUGUGUGUGUGUGUGUGUGUGUGUGUGUGUGUGUGUGUGUGUGUGUGUGUGUGUGUGUUAUUAUGAAGAGGUUAGAGAAACUGGAAAGACAUGCCGGCGGUAAAAUGAUGUCUAGUGAUUAGUUAGAUGUUUGUUUGAGCUUAACCUAACCUUCGAUGUAGAAAACAGGCUGAGCCUGAUGUGUCACUUUCUCACCCCAGUGUCUCAGGGUGCCGUCUACGCGUUUCUCACAGUGAACAUCUGUCGAAAUGUCAGCUGUGCUGUCAUAAACACGUUUUAAGAUAGUGGAAAAGUACUGACAUACAUUAAUCACCUUGACUCUACCAUGAUAAUAAUAAUGAUUAGAUUUACUAAAGCUUUACAUGUUUUCAGGCUUUAAAAAAAAAUAUUUUAAAAAAACCUUAUAUGCCUUUUUAUAGACCUUUUCCCCAUGUUUCCAAACCGCAAAAGUGAAGUGUUUUUUCUUUUGUCUUUUUGAUGGUUAUGGGAACGCAUGCACUCUGAAAAAAAUAAAGGUGCUUAAUAUUUCUUAAAAUUUGUGGCUUUACGUCGUUCCAUCGAGAGUGCAACCUCUGUUAAACCACUGCUUUAUUUGAAAAGGCAUCAUAAAUUUCUCAUUAUUAUUUUUUUUUUUUCAGAGCACCAGAUCAUAAUAGCCUGUGCUAUGUCACAUCCCUGUCAAAUCAUCAGCACUGUUGUCAUGGCAGUUCAAUGAAACACUGGAAAAAAAGGUUAUUUAAUGGUAUCACUCUGAUGAACUGAUGUUGGCCCCAUUAUUUGUUAAGAGGUUUAUUCUCUUAAAAAAACAUUAUUUUCUGUCCUUUGUAAAUGCCAUGUUUGUAAAAAUGCAGCAUUGUGUUACCGUGGAUGCAAAUAUGCUGAGAAAAGAAGGGAGAGAGGGAGAGAGAAAAACAGCUGCCAUAUUCCUCAGGAUGAGAGCAGCUAAUCGAAGGCCUGGGGGUGUGGAGCGGAGCGCUCAUUACAUGUGAACUUGCUGCACGUGUCAAAUGAGAAUUGGGAUGGGUUUCUAACAUGUGUGAUUAGUGACUUGACUGGCAAGUGGAAUGGUUUAUUGUGCCUCCAUAUGGAAAGCAAUGCUUGUUAUCUGUUGCACUAGGCAAAUUCUGUGUUGUGAUGUGGUUAGGCCUGCUAAGACGACUCACAUUGAAAAUAUUUCUGUUCGUUGAAAUAGCCUAGCUUUUAAUGUCACCACAUCCAUGUUCUGUUAUGACUAGUGACUGCUUCUGCCUUUUUUGUGUUAAGGAAUAUGUUUUUAGUAUUUUUUCAGAAAUGGUGUUCUACAGUUCUACAAAAAACAGAAUUUAACAAGUGUGAAAUUACAAUUUUUCAAUAAAGUUUCUGU